AUGGCAGGCAAUAGUAGUCUUGGUCUAAAUCCUCAAGACUUUAACAUUGUCGAAGCUAGUAUCGGUGAUCAUCUAGAAGCUCUCGACGAACAACGGAUUACCAGCGUGGAUCUUGUCAUCAGCUGUCUGAAUCGCAUUGCCAAGUUCGACACUAUCCAAGGUCUUAAUGCCUUUACGGUAUUCAACGAGAAGGUCCUCCAAGAUGCAGCAGCUUCCGAUGCUCGGCGUGCCCAAGGUCUCAAGCCUCGACCUUUGGAAGGUAUACCUUAUACGAUCAAAGAUAGUUACAAAGUUGCCGGCAUGACAGUCACAGAUGGCUCACCUGCUCUGAAAGGUGUCAUGUCGAGCGGCGACUCUGCAAUCGCUGAGAAGCUUCGAGCUGCGGGAGCGAUCUUGAUUGGAAAGACUAACAUGCCACCGAUGGCUGCGGGUGGUAUGCAGAGAGGCAUGUAUGGUCGUGCAGAGUCGCCGUAUAACUCAAAGUACCUCACUGGCGCCUUCUCAUCUGGGUCUUCAAAUGGUGCUGCAACGUCUGUGACGUCCAGCAUGGCAGCUUUCGGCAUGGGUAGCGAGACCGUCAGCAGCGGACGAAGUCCAGCGUCCAAUAACGCCAUUGUCUGCUACACACCAUCGAAAGGACUCUUGAGCUGUCGCGGGUUGUGGCCUUUGUACAUCACAUGCGAUGUUCCAACCCCGUAUGCGCGAUCGGUGGACGACAUGUUGGAAAUACUAAAUGUCAUUGCUACUCCAGAUGAAGACACCACCGGGGACUUCAUUCGCGAACAAAAGCAUGUGGAAAUACCUCAGCCUCCUUCGAUCGAUUACACUACUUUACGAAACGGCGAAGCGCUGCGAGGUAAGAGGAUUGGGGUGCCGAAGAUGUACACUGGCCAGAAAGACUCAGAUCCGCACGCAAAGCAUCCUUACGUCUCACCAGAGGUCGUCGCAAUAUGGCAACGGGCAGCAGAAGACAUUAAGUCCAUGGGGGCAGAGAUCGUCUACACCGAUUUCCCUCUGGUAACAAAUUACGAAAACGACUCCGUUUCGGGUGAAGCGAACAACGUCGAUGGACGUCCUGCGAACUGGAACCUCCUCGAGCGAGGCGUUCUUAUCGCCCAAGCGUGGAAUGCUUUUCUCGUAGACAACAAUGAUUCCAACAUCAAGUGCUUAGCCGACAUCAAAGAUCCUGCGAUGCUAUUCCCAAAGCCACCAGGCUACAAGCCGGAUCGCUUUCUCGAAGUGAGGAAUUGGAUUGAUUACCCCGGUCUGCCCAAGAUGGUCCAGGAUGGGAGUAUACAUGACAUCCAGGGUAUGGAGCAAGCUCUCAAAGCUCUCGAAGCCCAAAGGAAACGCGAUCUAGAAGAUUGGAUGGACAAAAAUGGGCUGGAUGUCGUUGCAUUUCCUGCGCAAGGCGACGUCGGUCUCGCAGAUCUUGAAUUCGACAUUGACAGCACGACACAUAGUCUCCAGAAUGGCGUAAAAUACUCCAACGGUAAUCGCGCGAUCAGGCAUCUCGGUGUACCUACUGUUAGUGUACCCAUGGGUGUCAUGAGCGACAAAAACAUGCCUGUGAACAUCACAUUCGCGGGGAAAGCCUACGAAGAUACGAAGCUAUUGGAGUAUGCAUAUGCGUUCGAACGGGCGACCAAGAGACGUAUACCGCCUCCUCUUACCGCCCUACCCACCGAUAUCAUCCGAAAGGCAUUCUCCCCGCCACCUAAAAAUAAGCCUCUUAUUGAGUGCGUUGCAGCUGUCUCCAACACUAUCUCGGGCCUCACCAUCCAAGUCUCCAUGGUCGCCGACGGUGGCUCUGACCACCCAUCACCAGCAACGUCACUGGAGGUCUUCGUAGACGGGGAGGCGGUAUUUCACGAGAACGCCAACAAGUUGGAGUGGAACGUUUCGUUUUCAGAUGAAGUUCAGAGGCCGAAAGUCCUGGGGUGGGAUCUCAAGCCGUUGCCGAAGAGAGAAAUCAUGGUCAUCGUGGUUGUGAAGAGGCAGUUGGACGCGGAGGGCCUGCAGAGGGAAGCAAGGGUACUUUGGGUACCUGUCGAUGAACUUGGUGAAGCGUCUGCUUGA